GGAUCCGUCAUCUCAUUCGCCCACCGCUCAGCGCUGCGAUCUGCCUCUGUUUCUAUAAGCAAGCAAGCAGCCAACCUGCCAACACUCGCUGACACUCACUCAUCUCUGUCUCGCCAGAUAGACCUACAGGGGGGGAUCGGAUCGGAACGGAACCGAACGCUGAGAUCCGAAUCUUUCUCUUUUUUUUCUCCUACUUUUGCUGCGCCGAGCGGCGACGACAAUAAAAACCAAGAUAGCGAUCUGGAGCCUUGCGGAGCUGCGGACUUUGUUGCGGGAUGAAAACGGACUAAAACAGAUUGAAGAUCAUCAGCGACCGUCAUUCAUUCAUUACCUUGACAACCUCUGGCUAUGAUUGACAGCUGGAGUGGCAAAAAGCCAUGAGAGACGACAGUUUAGUUACAUGCAGGUUGUUGAUGGGCCGAUUGUAACCUUCACUUUUGUUUGGCGCAGUUUUCUUUUUGUUUGUUUUCUGCGACAAGUCCAGAGAAAACAGGGGGAGAACUCUCCGACGCGACGGCGUCUUCCCGGAGAAUUGGCAAAGUUGGAAAAAGCGCGGAGGAAUCUUAAAUCACUAAAGCUGGGAUUUUAAACUCGCGGCAGAUCCAGGAGGUUAUUGGAGCGCAGCCUCAUGGCGCAAAGGUACGAUGAGCUGGCCCACUACGGUGGGAUGGACGGCGUCUCGGCGUCCAUGUACGGGGACCCGCACGCGCCCCGGCCGCUUCCCCAGGUCCACCACCUCAACCACGGACCCCCGCUCCACGCCAGCCAGCACUACGGAGCCCACGCUCCGCACCCGAACGUCAUGCCCACCAGCAUGGGCUCCGCUGUCAACGACGUUUUAAAGAGGGAUAAAGAUCAAAUUUAUGGUCACCCACUAUUCCCACUGCUCGCACUGGUUUUUGAGAAGUGCGAGUUGGCGACGUGCACACCGAGGGAGCCCGGCGUGGCAGGCGGGGACGUCUGCUCCUCCGACUCCUUCAACGAGGACAUCGCGGUCUUUGCCAAACAGGUUCGAGCAGAGAAACCUUUAUUUUCAUCAAACCCAGAGUUGGAUAAUUUGAUGAUUCAAGCCAUACAAGUAUUACGGUUUCACCUCCUGGAAUUAGAAAAGGUCCAUGAGCUGUGCGACAAUUUUUGCCACCGGUACAUCAGCUGUUUAAAAGGAAAAAUGCCAAUAGAUCUAGUUAUUGACGAGCGGGACGGCAGCUCCAAGUCGGAUCACGAGGAACUUUCGGGAUCAUCGACGAACCUCGCAGAUCACAACCCGGCGUCCUGGAGAGAUCACGAUGACGCCGUUUCCACGCACUCAGCGGGCACGCCGGGGCCUUCCAGCGGCGGCCAUGCCUCACAGAGCGGCGACAACAGCAGCGAGCAAGGAGAUGGCCUAGACAACAGCGUUGCAUCGCCUGGAACAGGGGAUGACGACGAUCCCGACAAGGACAAAAAGAGGCAGAAAAAACGUGGCAUUUUCCCCAAAGUGGCCACCAACAUCAUGAGGGCGUGGCUCUUCCAGCAUCUCACGCACCCGUACCCUUCUGAGGAGCAGAAGAAGCAGCUAGCCCAGGACACAGGCCUCACCAUCUUACAAGUAAACAACUGGUUCAUUAACGCCAGGAGAAGAAUAGUACAGCCCAUGAUCGACCAGUCGAAUCGAGCAGGUUUUCUUCUUGAUCCUUCAGUGAGCCAAGGAGCAGCGUACAGUCCCGAGGGCCAGCCCAUGGGCAGCUUUGUGCUGGACGGCCAGCAGCACAUGGGGAUCCGACCGGCCGGGCCUAUGAGUGGAAUGGGGAUGAAUAUGGGCAUGGAUGGGCAGUGGCACUACAUGUAACCUCCACUUUAACGCAGAGGGGGAAGUCUGCCGGGCGACUACGUACCUCAGAGCGGUCCUAUGGGCAUGAGCAUGGCUCCCACCUCCUACCCCCACCACCAGAUGACCUCUCACCCUUCCCAGCUGAGACAUGGACCCCCACUCCACGCCUACCUCCCUGACCACGCCCACCACUCUCACCACGCCAUGCUGAUGCACGGCGGACCCUCGUCGCACCCGGGAAUGCCCGUGUCGGCUCAGAGACCCCCCUUACUGUCGCCCCUGGACCCCGCCGCCGCAGGACCGGGCCUGGACAUCCACGCCUGAAGGGAACGUCAGCUACCGCGGCCACCGCAGCUAACAACGACUAUUUUUAAGAAGAAACUCUUUUGACCAGAAUUUGACACGAAAAUAUUCCAAACUUUUGUUUUCUAAACUUUCUUACUUCGAUCCAAACGGAGGACCAAGAGGAAGCUUUGUAGUCUUUUGGUGACGGAUGUUUUUGUCGACAAAGGGACAGAUGCACUCACACUUUUUCUCCGCAGACAUCCGAACAAUCACGUGUGAAGACUCCAAGAGUUGAACGACUACUGUAGUAUAACCUAAGUUAAGAAGCGGUGCUGGUGUCGGUCGCGUGUUCGGACCGCAGCACGAAAAACAUUUUUAAAGAAGAAGACAGAUUCUCAAACAGCAGAGGGCGCCCACGAGCAAGGCAGGACGGACCGGUCACGCCUCUUCUCUUCUUUUGUGGCUCAUGAAUGAUCUUUGUUUGCCCAAGCACUGGAUUGUUGCUUUUCUACCUUUUUAUUUGUGGUUUUCUACGCGGGACUCUGCGGAGCCGGCCGACGGAGAAAAAAAAAAUCGGAAUCCUUACGUGUUUCUUGCCGAUGACUCCGCGGCUUGGAAAAAAAAACCCUGGAGACGGAAAAAAAGUUGAAAAAAAAGACACUUAAAUUAUGAACUGGAGAGAGUAUUGUAAGAAAGUCGUACAGAGUCGAGUCUAUUACUUGUUUCAUGUUAGAUAUUCUGUGUUACCUCAAUGAAGACGAAUGUUUUGCUAGUUUCAGAUCUGCUGUGGAUUGAUAUUGUAUGUCCAUGAUUCCUUCCUUUCUCAGCACGUGUUCCUCACUAGACGCCGUCUCCCUCGAGCUUUUGUCGAAACAUUCAAAUACUUGUAUGAGGACGUGACGUGAUGUUUCAAAGGUGUUCAGUCACAAAUGCUGUAAUAAAUAUUUCAUUUUUGA